AUAAUAAAUAUGCCUAUACAUAAUAUAUUAUUAUACUGUAUUAUUUACUGUAUAAUAAGGUACUUACACAUAUGUGUAAGUAUGUGCUGUUGCUAGACACAGUUUAAAAUAGACUAAUAGACACCAACACUAGUUUUUCACAAAUAUUUUAAUGCUAUAUAUUUAUAUAUUAAUAGUUAGUUUAUUUUUUUGACUAAUUUUAAUAUUAAGUAAUGCUUUUAGAUGGAGUUACAUAACAAAAAUUUAAACUACCUUUGCCGAAUAUGCGCAAAAUGGAUUGGGAUAAGACAAUAUAAUGUAACUGAUAAAAUCAAAAUCAUAAUUGAGCAAGUAUUUCUUGUUAAGCUGACAGAAAUAAAAACUGUUCAUCCGGAAAAAAUCUGCCAUAAAUGUUGUUGUACUAUCAAUAAUUUAAAAAAAAGAAAAACAACAACAGCACUGCUUUUAUUCAAUGAGUGGCAACCGCAUAGCAUAAACUGUGCGACAUGUCACAUUGCUGAAAAAGAAAAAAAUACAACAAUUUCUACACGUUCAUUUUUAAAAAAAGCAAAAAGUUUAAAAAAAUCGAAGUUACCUGGAAAAUAUAGAAAAUGUUGGACAAUUGCUAUGUUUACUUCAAUUAAAGAAAACCUUAUACCUAUUUACAAUUUAAAUGAAGAUAUUGACAUAUUAGAACUAAAAAAUGACUUAAACCCUUUCUUGCAGCUUUGUCUCUGUUGUAUAUGUAAUAAGAUACCACAAACACCAGUUUCAUUAAAAAGAUGCGAACAUUUAUUUUGUUUUUUAUGUAUUGUGGAAAAAAUCAUGUUUAAGUAUCUUGAUGAAAACUUUUGUCCAAAAUGCAAUGAAAAAGUUUUCUAUGAUGAUUUGUUCACAAGUAAGCAAACUGAUUCUCUUCUAAGGAUGCUUACUAUUGUUUGUUCUUUUUGCAAUAGUAAAUUUAAUUUAUUGAAAGAGUAUGAAUUAUAUAAGAGUCAUAAAGGCAUUUGUCUUAAAGAGGCAUCAGUUCCUCAAUCGUUUGCAGCAAGUAUUAGUGUCAAUGAUGUUUUUAAGAUAAAUGAAAAUAGUGAUAUUCCAUAUGAGGUAAAAAAAGCUGCGCUUCAUGUCAUUAAGCAAAAAAUGGCUAAAUUUGGAGGAAAGUCAGUAGAAUUUAAAAGUGGAGGACCUAGACCAAUCGUUUUUACACAGACACCAAAAGCUUAUGUUAACAGCGCUCAGGCAGCAGAAUCUACUUUGCGACUUCGUAAUACAAAUAUUUUGAAACAUUUUGAGACUGUAGCUGGCAAUUCAUGCGAUUCAAGUAUAAGUCAAACAAGUAAAUUGUUAUUAUCAUUUGAACCAGAUCAGAGACAGUCAAUAUUAAGUAAUACAAAACUAAAUCACACUAAAAUAAGUGCAAAUGUGAUGGUAGCUAUGAAAACUGAUAUGGGUAUCCCAUGGGAAAAACUUAAAGUAAUGUCUAGAUGGCUCAAAAAAUAUGAUAUAACCACUGCAUCUAAUGCUUCACAAAGAGUUGUAGCUGAAAAUUGAAAACAACAUUAUUGUUGAAAAUGCUCCUUUCACAUUUAAAAAGGAACAAAAAGGAAAGAUUGAAAUUAAUGAGGUACCUUGGGGUUAUAUUGCAGAUUUACCAAAGCAUAUUUUUACUCAUCUUGAACAAUUAGAAAGCUGUAACAGUCUUGUGUAUCAUAAGUUUAUUCCACAAAAAGAAAUUAAAAUUAAAAUUGGAGGAGAUUAUGGUGGAGGAAGUUUUAAGAUGUGUUAUCAGGUUGUUAAUACCUUAAAUCCAAAUAGUACAGAAAAUACAAUUGUUUUUAAUAUAUUUGAAUCAAAAGACCUCAGAGUUAAUAUUAAAGUAGGCAUGACAAGAUUUCAAAAACAAAUAGAAGACUUACAAACAAUGAAGUAUAGGGGCAAUAAUAUUAGAGUUUUUAUCUUUGGUGAUUAUGAAUUUCUUUGUGCAUUGUAUGGAAUUUCAGGAGCUUCUGAUAUGCUGUUUUAUUACUUUAUACAAUACAUAUAAAGUUAGUCUUUAGCUUU